AUGAUAGAAAAGGUGCCUCUGAUCACCAACGUCAUCAUCACGGUGUUAAUCUUCUUGGCGCAAUCCUCUGCAGCGUUCCGCGUUAGCAAAAACAGCAUCAUGAAGGUCCACCCUGUUCCGCGAAAACGCAACAUCUCAAUCCAAUUUGGCGUCGACGGGGGCAACCCCAUGUCGGAGUCGGAGGCGCUGUUGGGGAUCGCCGGGAAGAAGCUCCGGCGACUCCCGCAUGUGUUCAGCUGCGUCUUGGAGCUCCCGUUCCGCUCUGACGCCGACGUGGUGGUAGAGGAGGCCCCUGAUUGCUUCCGCUUCGUGGCGGAGACUGACGGCAUCGGCGACGUGAGGGCGCACACGGUGGAAAUCCACCCCGGCGUGACCAAGAUCGUGGUGAGGGACGGCGGCUCGGUGGAGCUCUCGCUCGACCAGCUUGAACUCGAUAUGUGGAGGUUCCGAUUGCCGGAAUCGACGCGGCCGGAGCUCGCGAGCGCGGUGUUCGUCGACGGCGAGCUCAUCGUCACGGUGCCGAAGGGGCAUGGAGAGGAGGAUGGGGAUGGUGAUAGAGGCAUGGGUGGUGGUAGGCUUGUGCUUGUACAGUAA